AAACGGAUUCGCUCGCCGCUGGACUCCCAGCGCGGAGGGCUGAGAUGGCUCUAAGCGUGUCUUGCUCUUCGAAACACCGUCUCUUUCUCGUGGAUCUCGUGUGUAGUACCUGAGCGACUGACUCCUCCAGACGCCUUACGCUCCGAGUGAGCGACUGAAGAUCCGGUGUCCCAUUCGCGGACACACCUCCUCAAGGAGACGACGCAGUCCAUGUGUGAUGCGGCCCGUUUUCUUCCAGAGCUCUGUGGAUCCUCAAAGAUAUGUUUGUUGUUGCCGCCCAUCAAGGGCUCAAUGAGUGAUUAAUCGAAGUGUGAAGUGUGAUGUCGGUCUGUUUGCCCUCGAUCGAACAUCCGCUGGCCGCAGUCAGCUGAUCAUCCGGCGGUGUUGACAAAAAUCGCCAGAAUAUACUUUGUCCGGGGACUCUCCCUCGAAGCGUGGAGCGAUCGAGCAGGAAGCCGCUGGGCGAGCUAGAAAGCAAAGAUUGCAAUGACUUCAACUUCGGGAAGGUCGACAAAUCAGAGUCGAACGGGGACGAUUCGUGCCUCGGUGGUGAACGGGUCAUCCUUGAAGAAAAGAUCGGCUCUCGCGAACCUCGGCGCUUCAGAACCCGACGGAUCCAUGUCUGAUUUCGAGCGUGUUCGCAAGAACCUCGAGAGGGGCAAGCUCUACGAGGACCCGGAGUUCCCGGCGGUACAGAGCACGGUGUUCUAUCAUCAGACUCCGCCGUUUCAGUUUUCCUGGAAGCGACCGCACGAAAUAUGCUCGAAUCCAGAAUUCGUCGUAGAUGGACCGUCUCUGUUCGACUUAACUCCGGGGAAACUGGGGGAUAAAUGGCUCGUGUCCUGCCUCGGCAUCUUGGCCACGUGUCGGGCUCUCUUCUAUCGAGUCGUUCCUGCGGACCAAGGCUUCACAGAAGAGGACGAGUACUGCGGAAUAUUCCGUUUCCGGAUAUGGUGGGCCGGAGACUGGAAAGAAGUAUUGAUCGACGAUCGUCUCCCCACGUUCAACGGCAAACUCGUCUUCAUCCAUAGUCAUGGAUCAAACUCAGAGAAUCAUUUCUGGCCAGCCUUGCUUGAGAAAGCAUAUGCAAAGAUGUACGGAUCGUAUGAAGCUCUGAAGUAUGGGAACUCAAUGGACGGUUUAUCGGAUCUGACCGGAGGUGUAACGGAAGGAUUGACGAUCGAAUUAUCUUCUACCCUGAACUAUUUGCUCACGCGUACCAGUAUAGUCACAGCCUUGGUAGUGCCACCAGUCACGAAUGGGACGGCACCGAAACAAGCGCCAAACGACCGAUUACCUAAUGGAAUUUCCGUCGGUGUCAACUACCGGAUUUCUCAAUACUGCGAGAUGGUGACUUCGAGAGGCGAUCAGAUCCGGCUCGUUCGGAUGAGGUCCCCAGUAGCAUCAGCGUUCGUGAAGAAUUGCCAUGAGUUCGAAAAGCUUCCGAAAGACGAUCAGCAUCGGGCGCUCGGUGGCAAAAUGUUAGCCGAUGGCGAGUUCUACAUGACGUUCGAAGAAGUGUCUACUUCGUUCACCACAUUCGAAGUCGUCCAUCUCGACGCUGAAACCUCCCGAGAUGAGCCAUCAUUGAAGGGCAGGAUCCCUUGGCAGGUUAAACUUGCGAAGGAACGCUGGCAGCGAGGUGUCAGCGGCGGAGGAUGUCGGAAUAACACGGAUACAUUUCACAUGAAUCCACAGAUCAUGCUGUCGGUUCAGGACAGCGAAAGCGUAGUGAUUUCAUUGUGCCAAGACGCCGUCAUCGAGCCAAAGGUUAUCGGAUUCACGGUGUACCAUUGCCAGAAGACGGUUCAAGAACCUCUCGCGAAAGCUUACUUCAAAGAAGUGAAAUCGCUCCUCAGCUCGCAUUACUCAAAUUACAAACAGGUGUGUGUCCGCUGCCCUCUGGAACAGGGACAUUAUGUGAUAAUUCCCACAACAUUUGAACCCGGUGAAGAAGCACUCUUCACGCUCAGAGUUUUCUCUGAGAAGCCCACCAAGCUCAAAUAUAUAGAAUAUCCGGUGAGCUGCACAAGAUCGCCAUUUAAAAAGAUUCAGCCGCAAAUGGAGUCAUCGUUGGCAACAUACGAGCAGGUCUUCCUGCAGAUGGCAGACGAACACAAAUGUGUUAAUGCUUUUGACCUUCAAGAAAUCCUCGAGACCUGCCUGCCAAACGAUUAUGUGAAAAGCUGUGCCACCAUGGAAGUGUGUCGUCAGGUCGUGCUGGCUAUGGACAACACAGGACUCGGUCGCCUCCGUUUCCAGGAUUAUAAACAAUUCAUAUGUUCCUUGAAAUGGUGGCAGACCGUGUUCAAAGCGUAUACUAAGGGAACGGUGGGUGUCCUGAGGGCAGACCGUCUGAAGGAGUCGCUUGAAGAUAUCGGCUUCAAACUCAAUGCCGACGUGCUCUCGCUGCUGGUGUUACGGUACAUGCGAAAAGACGGCACCCUGCGAUUCGGCGACUUCGUGGCUUGCGUCCUACAUCUGGCUGCUGCUUUCGGCUCGUUCGAGAAGAAAGACCCACUUCAGAAUGGAUUCGUGAAACUUUCAUUGCAAGAAUGGCUGCGAGCGUGUUUGCCUUGCUAGUGAAGGAGAUCGAUAAGGAGGAGCUACCGCAGGAGCUACGCUAUUUAUGAGAAAUGAACUAAAUAUUGGCGGAGCUGGGUCGAGGCAGCGGAUCGGUGAGAUACCCUGCCGUAUCCCCAGUUGAUGAGAACGGAAGCGACAAGAAACGUGGGGAGGAAGACUCACUCUGUUGUAAAUACCCCGGGACAAGUCAAGUGUCAAAGUCUACUAAUAAAAUCAAUGUACA